AUGAUUCCACAUUUCACUGAUGCAAUCAUCCAGUGGGUUGAAAGAGUUGCUAGAAUACCAGUGGAUGGCACGAAAGAGCGACCUGAUGUCUGUAUAAUAGAGCUCGGUGGGACCAUUGGUGACAUUGAAGGCAUGUCCUAUCUUGCCGCUUUCGAGCGUUUCCAGCGGCCGGCGUUGAGAGAUCAUCUCAUGAAUGUUCACGUAUCUCUUGUAAUGCACCCUAAUGCAACAGGUGAACCGAAAACCAAACCCAUGCAGAAUUCGGUACGACAUUUGCGUGCAGCUGGACUUGUUCCCGAUCUUCUCAUCUGUCGCUCUUCUGAGCCCCUACAAGAACAUUUGCGAGAGAAGAUAGCAGCUUUUGGUCUUGUGGAUCUGGAACAGGUCAUUGGUGUACACGACAUGUCUAAUAUAUAUAAAGUGCCAUUGCUGCUUGAAGAACAACAUGUUUUGGAGGCGAUUAUUCAUCGCUUACACUUGAAACCAAUUAGCGAAGAUGUAAGGCGAAGCCUGAAGUUCAACAUGUGUCACUGGACUCAUCUUAGUGAAUUGUUAGUCAGCUGUUCACUUUGUUUACUUCUUUGGUGCUCAUUGAAGCUUUUCGUGGAUUCUGAACUUCUGGAGGACGGAAAACCAGCUGAGUUGAAAGCAAAGUGUGAAGCAGCAUGGAAAGAUGUUAGGAGUGCUCACGGUAUUAUUGUUCCUGGAGGUUUUGAUACACGUGGUGUCGAAGGAAUGAUAAAAGCAUGUCAAUAUGCCAGAGAAAAUAAUGUACCGUUCUUGGGAGUAUGCCUGGGUAUGCAGUGUGCGGCAAUUGAAGUGGCUCGGAACCUUCUGGGUAUCAAAAAUGCCAAUUCAACGGAAUUCAACAAAAACUUGAACGAGGAUGAACAGAUUAUAAUCGAUAUGCCGGAGCACAAUGUGGAACAUAAAGGUCUCGGAGGAACCAUGCGUCUGGGACGGCGUACAAGUGUCUUCCUAACGGAGAAUUGUACAUUACGAAGAUUGUACGGCCGUAAUGAAAUCGAAGAGCGCCACCGUCAUCGUUAUGAAGUUAAUCCACGAUUUGUGCACAGAUUAAGCGAAAAAGGACUUCUGUUUGUCGGUAUGGGAGUCGAUGAGACACCAUGUACAUCUCUCACAGAACACAGUCGUACACAGUCUAGUGCUGCGCUGAUGAGAAUGGCUGUGGAGCACGAAGAAGAGGUUGUCUAUUCUCUCUUUCUGCG